GGCACGUUUGUAUCGCAGAGAAGGCGUCUCCGCGGACGCGUGCGGCCGCCCCGACGCAAGCUUGUGCCCGCCGUCCGCAUCUCGACUCUCUUAGCUCAUCCGCGUGGUGGUGUUCUUCCUCGUGCGUCGAAAGAGAAAGAAAAAUUGUGCGGAACGUGCUGGCUUCUUUUAGCGUGCCGCGCCAGCGAGUGGGCUUCCGAGACGGAGGUGUUGCGGCUGAAUCGCGCCUGCCGGAGAGUGUUUGACGGAAGAGAACGCGACUGGCACGCGAGCCUGCGAAACCACGGCGGCUCUCCGAAUUAAGCGGUACCGUUCCCACCGCGCGAUCGUGAAGCGAGGAAGUUUGCCAGUGCUGCGACCGUAGCAUGAGAGCCGAGCUAUGGCACGCCAGUGUGAUCGCCGCCGGUGGUUCCUCGAUCUGUGGAUAACGGCCUGUCGGAUUAUCGUCAUCUUUCUGAUCUCCCUCAUUGUCUCCUCUGGCUACGCCGCGAAUGCAGCGUCAAGUCACGGAGGCGGUGGCCGCUCGCCGCGCAUCACAGAGCAGCCGGUGGACGUGGUGGUCCGCAAGCACGAGCCGGUGACGCUGAGGUGCGGCGCCGACGGCGACCCUCCUCCGCGAAUCGCGUGGUACCACGACGGCAGACCCGUGCGCAACUCGGCCACGCGCAUGGUCUUGCCCGAGGGUCAGCUCUUCUUCCUGCAAGUGCAGCACAGCCGCCGGGAACAGGACACAGGACUGUACUGGUGCACGGCCACCAACGCAGUGGGGACAGUCCGCUCCCGAAACGCUAGCGUCGAGCUCGCUGUGCUUCGUGACGAGUUCCGCCAGCUUCCGAAGAGCAUUCACGUGGGGCGGGAGUCGGCAACGCUGGAGUGCGUUCCUCCCAGGGGCCACCCCGAGCCCACGGUCACCUGGUUCAAGGACGGCGUCCAGGUGCAGCCGGGCACGGGGCGCGUACGCCUCCUGGCCCAGGGCGCGCUAGUGAUCGCCGACGUGCGUCCGUCCGAUCAAGGGCGCUACGUGUGCCGGGCGGCCAACAUGCUCGGCACCAGGGACUCGCCGGCUGCGCUGCUCUCCGUGCACACGAAGCCGUAUUUCGUACGAGUCCCGGAAGAUGUGACGUCACUGGCGGAGGAGUCCGUCGUGUUCCAGUGUAAAGUGAAUGGCGACCCCAAACCCACGGUCACAUGGAGGAGGCAGGAUGGCAAGAUGCCCGUCGGAAGGGCUUAUGUCCAAGAGGACAAGAGCUUGCACAUCAAGAACGUCGCUCUCGCGGAUGAGGGAACAUACAUUUGCGAAUCAGAAAACAUUGUUGGCUCAGUCUCUGCGUCGGCGACGUUAACCGUGCACUCACGUCCUACAUUCCGCCUCACGCCCCAGAACCAGAAAGUGGGGCUCAACGGCGUCGCCAAGUUUGACUGUCUUGCGACGGGCAACCCCCCACCUUCCGUGUUCUGGACCCGGGAAGGCAACCAGGUGCUGAUGUUUCCGGGCAAGUCACAUGGCCGCUUCUCGGUGAGCAACGAGGGAACUCUGACCAUCACCGGUGUGCGAAAAGAGGACCGUGGCUAUUACGUCUGUUCGGCGCUGUCCGUGGUGGGCUCAAGCAUGGCCAAGGGCCACCUGGAGGUGACAGCGCUCGCCGACCUUCCACCUCCCAUCAUACGACUCGGACCGGCCAACCAGACUCUGCCGCUGCACACGGCCGCUCAACUGCCCUGCGAUGCGACUGGUACGCCCAAGCCCACCGUGCAGUGGCUGUACAACGGGGCUCCGCUAAGGAUAGAUGAAAGGCCCCGAUACACGCUUCUGGAGUCCGGAACGCUUCAGAUACAGGAUCUGCAAAUGCUGGACAGCGGAGCGUAUACCUGCAAGGCUUCGAGUGAAAGCGGCGAGACGUCUUGGACAGCGUCGCUCAGUAUUGAAUCUCCGCAUAACCCCAACGUCAAUUUCCAUCGAUCCCCUGACCCCUCCACGUUCCCUGGUCCUCCUUCACAGCCGGUGCCCGUAAAUACAACAGAAACAUCGAUAACGCUUGCCUGGAGACGCAGUGAGAAAGUGGGUGCUUCAUCACUCAAAGGAUAUACAAUUGAAUAUUACAGCAGUGACUUGCAAAGUGGGUGGGUCCUGGCAGCCCAUCGAGUGCUUUCUGAGAAAUACACCAUACAAGCUUUGCGACCCGACUCACGCUACGUGUUCAUCGUGCGAGCCGAAAAUUCUCAUGGACAAGGAGUCCCCAGCCCUGUUUCUGAACCUAUACGGACUCUAGGAAUGGCGCCUCAUUUUCUCCCGGAGUUCAACCUUGACGAGGCACGCGCGAAGCUCAGCGCAUGCAUCGUAUCCCUGCAAGACAUACGCGCUGUAAGCUCAACAGCCGUCAAGUUGAGCUGGAAGAUCCAGGGAAUGAGGGACUACGUGGAGGGCUUUUAUAUUCGGUUUCGAGACAUGAGUGGAGGAUCGCAAAAAUACAACAUGGUGACCGUGCUAAAUGGCGGAGCACUCUCAUACGUACUCAACGACCUGAAGAAGUUCACGAAGUACGAGUUCUUUCUUGUGCCAUUCUACAGAAGCGUUGAAGGCCCACCAAGUAACUCGAGGAGUGUUCAGACCAUGGAAGAUGUACCAUCUGCGCCACCCGAAAGCGUGGAAGUGCAAGUAGUGAACGGCACCAUGGCGACCAUUUUCUGGUCUCCUCCACCGCCUCAGCACCGCAACGGAAGGCUGAGAGGAUAUUACGUGUACGUGGACGGCAACUCUUCCAAUGUUCACUUCAAUCAGAGCACGAACUCUACGACUAACAGCCUUACGCUAAACAACCUGAAGACGGGAGCUUCUUACGAAGCACGCGUCGUCGCCUUGACUACCAUGGGUGGUGGACCAGCCAGCAGCGCCGUGCUCUUCAAAAUGGAAAGCCCAGCGGAAUCGACAUCGCUUUCUACACCUUUUCAAAACAUCGUAACACAGUCAUGGUUCAUUGCACUCUUUGGAUUCUUGCUGCUCGUGGCUGUCACAAUUUUCGUCCUACUUUUGAUACGAAAACGAAGACUGCAACAUGCAAAAUCACUCACUACAGUUCCUGUGCACAAGCAAGAAGACAUCAGCAACUGCUUCAAUUCCCUCAAUGGCCGUCCUGGCCUCAGUCCUCACGAAGCCUUGUGGAUUAACCAUAGUGCCUGGAGAACCUCUGACCAAUCCAAGGACCCCUUUUGCGAAACCAAGCUUCUUAACAAAAUGAGCUGUGCUACGAAUGAUCUUAAUUACUCUAGUGUCUAUGCACCUCUAAACUGUGGGAUCAAUGCGCCUGACUAUGCAGAAGUAGAUGCCCAAAGCAUGACAACUUUCUACAAGAAAGACCUUCCCUCAAUCCCAGAGCCCUAUGCAACAACCACGUUGAUAAACCCAUCACUCCAGAAGAGCCUAAAUGGUUCUGCUAAGGAUGCUCGCAGUGGUAGCUCAGCCGAGGAAGGAAGCCGGAAAUCUGAAAAGGGCUUUGACUUGGAGCUCACGCGCGCGAGUGAAGAUGGUAUUACAGAUAGGCUGCUAGAUUCUGACAAGCUUGCCAGUCCAGCAAGUGACUCGGGAAGCUACACAACAGAUGAGUAUGGAAUGCCUAUCAAAAAGUGCCGCCAAAAAUUUUCUCGGGGAGGGUCUUCGUCCAAGGGACCAAUGAUGAAUUGGUCCGAACUUAUUCCUCCACCGCCUGAGCAACCACCCAGCGAGGCUGGGUCUCCAACUGGUACUCCAGCCUGCCUUAGAGGAACGCCACCUCGCAAUGCGCAGCUCAAGCAGAAGUUUCAAAUAAACGGAGCACAACCGAUGUCCAACAUGAGGGGAGCACACGGUCAGCCUCGAGUACAAACGCACUCCCCAAGGAGCAUCAUGAACCAAUCCAGCAACAGCCUAGGGAGCUCCUAUGGCGACUCCUAUCAAAACGUCCCGCCAUUCUUUCCCAAGGGGCAAAGGCCCCUUCUGAAACCGCUGCAGCCCCAGCAGUCACAGCAGCAGCCAAAUCAGCAGCAGCAGCAGCUGUUCAGCAACCCUUUCAUAGACAGGGGAGUGCAGUCCUCGCUGCCAUCACUCAUCAGUGAGCCCCGUUCUUCGAUCCCUGUCACAGACCCAACAGGAUAUCGGUUCGGCGCCGCCCAGGGUUACAUAUACGAGCCCACAAAUGCUGACUCGGAUGUGGAACUAAUGACACGGCCGCGUUCGAUAGAGUCCAGCAUUGCCGGAGACACAGAUUAUGCACCAAGCCACGCGCCAUCGUGGGCCAGCACGACGGAGCGGAGCAACAGCUCUUGCACCAGCGGCCGCUCUAGCCGCGCAAGUUCCUAUGACGACCCCGUCUACAACGAGGUGGACUUUGCUAGCGCAGUAGCGCGAGCAGCGCAGAAUGCCGGCUUCCAAGUCAACGGCUCAGUCAUAUCUACAACAACACCGGCGCAAGAGCAAGGUGCCAAGCGCAGUGCUCACGAAAGGCAUCAUAACCAGCAAAAUCAAAAAGUCACGAACUUGCCGCCCAAUGCGAGUAAGACAUUAACGCAUCAGAUGAAGAAUACUGAAGCACAUCCCCAGAAUCAGCUUUUUUCAUUAAGCCUGCCUAGUCAGAGGACGUUUGAUGACCAGCGUCUCGAACACGAUGAAAAUAAUCAGCCUAUGCAAAGCAAUGAUGGUGCACCAUACAAGCCACCUAGCUUCCACAUUUACCACGAUCCUCCCCACUUGGCUGACGCCUCCUGAGAGUGGACGAAAACAGUGGAGAGCAGUAAGUCGGGACGGAGAAGUCAGUGCCCAAUAUAAAGUGAGUAGGAAAAAAAUCUCCAGUUUAUUUUUUGUUUGUUCUACAAGUACAUCAGACAUUUGUUGCGCAGUGGCUGCUUGGCUCUUUCGUAAGGAUUCAAUCGACUAUUACGUGCCGGAAUAUUUCUUUAGAGGGGCCCUUAACCACUUUUCUAAGUAAUCGCC